AUGGAAUAUACUGAUGCAGAAUGGAAACGCUUAAAAGAUGCGAAUCGGGAUCUCUCAAUUCUAUCUGGAGGCGAGGCCAGCUUGUUCCAUGGAAGUACUGUGUGUGAGAGAAGCCGCGCCACAACGUCUACGGACAGGUCUAGUGCCAAGUCUGGCGAGACCGAUACAGGGGGGAGCGAUAAUAACAGGACAAAUAUAUUGAAAGUGGAUAGAAACAAAAGUACACACGCAGAGACCACACUUACCGUAACACCAAGAGACUAUCGAUCUUCUCAGGAUGAGACCCAGGAGGUUAACGUUUCUAAUGGCAGCCGCGGGAGCAAUUCAUGUGCCGUGUGUGGCAAUAAUGAUGCGAAGGUUUGCACACAGUAUCGCACCAUCUACUACUGUGGGGUCAAGUGCCAGAAGCAGGACAGACGCCGACACAAACCAGACUGCAAGGCUAAACCCCAGGAUAAGACAUAUACCGAAUCCAACAAUCCUGAGGCCUAG